AUGCUCACCACCACCACACCGUGGUGGUCGCCCGUCUGUGCGGGCGCACCCUUCUCCGCGGACGACUGGGAUCUGUCCCCCUGCGUCGAGUCGGAGCUGAGCAUCCUCCCCGUGCUCUUGCUCGUCCUGACCGGAGCGAUCGCCUUCCCUCGUCUGUGGAGACUCUACCGAGCAGGGGAGAGGUACGAACGAGGUGGCAAGCCCGCAUACGCUCUCAAGCAGGUGCGUGAUGGGGCGUCGUUCGCGGCCAAUCUUGAGCCGGCUAACUCGGAUCUGUCCGUCGCUCGUUUCAAAUCGCGUCGAUCGUACAUGGAUGCGCCCUCCACUGCCGCCCUCCGCGCCGAUCGCGCUCGUGCGCUCGUUCCACAGCUCCUGGCCACCGUCCUGAUCGGGGUCCAGGUCGCGUACAUCAUCGUGCUCGCACUGCACCACACCCAUGACCGUACUCGCAAGCUCAAGAUCGCGUUCGGCGGCGUCAGCCUACUCGCCCACGUCAGUUCUCAUCCGCGUCCGAUCCCGAUCGCAGAGCAAGGCUGACCCCCCGACCAGUGUGACCCGUUUCCGUACUCAGAUCUUUGCGCUCGUCUUGGCCAAGGUUUCGCAUCCUCUCCUACCGCAUUCGUCGACGCCGAUCCUCUGCUUCACCCUCACCUCGUUGACCCUACAACUCGUCGUCCUGCGCACGACCUUGCUGCUCGAGGGUCAACCGGCGCACUACCACUCCUCAACCAAGUUGGCGCUCUUUGUCCUCUUGAUCCUCAAAAUCGUCUUUCUCGCAUCGUGGUUCGCCGUCGAGCUCUUGGGUCCAAACGGAUGGGAAGGCAUGAGCUGGCGCGACUUGGUCCCCUUUGCCGGAUCGAGCCAAGGGCGAAUUCGUUUGGCCGAACAAGGUGACCAAGAGACGACUCGCGAGGCGCACGAGACGAAUGAUCACGAGAGGGAGUGGAAGCAGACCGAAUGCCCGAGAUUGAGGGCCAACAUCUUUCAGCGGUUGACGUUCUCUUGGAUGACGCCCAUGAUGAAGGCCGGAUAUCAUACAUUUUUGACCGAGGAGGAUUUGUGGGCUCUGCCUGUGAGUCAUGUAUGGGCAGUGGCGAUUUCGUAGAGGGGCAUGGAACUGACUUUUCGAUCGUCACUUAACAGCCCGACGACACGGCCGAAGCCCUGGGCCGCAAGCUCGAAACGGCAUGGAAGAAGCGCUGCAAGGCCGCCUCGGAAAAGACAGCCGCCAAAUCCCACAACGACAAGAGCAAGCCCGUCAAGCCCUCGCUCGCCGGUGCCUUGAUCGCUUCGUACGGUGGACCCUUCUUCUCCGCCGCGCUCUUCAAGUUGCUCCAGGACACGCUCUCCUUCACCCAGCCUCAACUCUUGCGUCGCUUGUUGCGCUUCGUCGAGACCUACAAGACCGAUACACCUGAACCCCCGUUCCACGGUUACAUCAUCGCGUUGGGCAUGUUCGUCUGUGCCGUUGCCCAAACGAGUUUGUUGCACUGCUACUUUGCUCGUGUCUUCGAAACGGGCAUGCGCGUUCGAGCAGGCUUGGUCUCCCUCAUUUACAAAAAGUCGUUGGUGCUUUCGAAUGAUGAGAGGGGCGGGAGGUCGACGGGUGAUAUUGUCAAUUUGAUGAGUACCGAUGCGACGAGGUUGCAGGACUUUACGACGUAUGGUCAGAUCGCUUGGAGUGGGAUGUACCAAAUGACGCUUGCGUUCAUCAGCUUGUACCAACUCUUGGGUCAGUCCAUGCGGGAUGCAAAGACGAAGGCCGAGUCAAGGCACGGUCAAUGCUUACUCUGGUGACGUGUCUGGCUCACAGGAUUCACCAUGCUCGUCGGUGUCGCCGUGAUGGUCCUCAGCAUGCCCUUGACCGCCUCAAUCGCGAGGUACCAAACCAAGUUGCAGCGCCAGCAGAUGAAGAACAAGGACAAGCGCACGUCCAUCAUGUCCGAGAUCCUCAACAACAUCAGAUCGAUCAAGCUGUAUGCGUGGGAGGACUCUUUUGCGGCCAAGUUGUUUGAUGUGCGCAAUAAUCGCGAGUUGGUGCAGUUGCGCAAGAUGGUGAGCAUUCCAAGACGGAGCAAGUGUAAAUUAAGUUUACAACUACAGGAGCUGACCACGCUGUGGAUGUCUGGCAGGGAUACCUCUCUUCGGCUUCGACCUGCCUCUGGUCCUUUACGCCCUUCCUCGUCGCCUUUUCGUCGUUCUCGCUCUUCUCGACCAUCUCGGGCAAGCCCUUGACGGCCGAGAUCGUUUUCCCCGCCAUCACGCUCUUCUCCCUGCUCGGUUUCCCGCUCGCGGUCCUCCCCGUCGUCUUCUCCUCCAUGGUUGAGGCCUACGUCUCGGUCGGUCGAUUGCGCGACUUCUUGACCGGCAAAGAACUUCAAGACGGUGCGGUCAAGAUCGAGAACUUGUCGCGUUCGCGUACGUUCCAAACCGGUGACGAACUCGUCUCGGUCGUUCGCGGCGAAUUCGCGUGGAACUCCAAAUCGUCGACCGAAUCGAUCUUGUCCGACAUCAACCUCAGCGUCAAGAAGGGCGAGUUGCUCGCCGUCGUAGGUCGUGUCGGAUCGGGCAAGUCCUCGCUCUUGUCCGCGAUCCUGGGUGAAAUGACCAAGGUCGAGGGAUCCGUCACCGUACGUGGAACGGUCGCUUACUGCGCUCAACAACCUUGGAUCAUGGGCGGUUCGGUUCGUAGCAACAUCGUCUUUGGCCACAAAUUCGAACAAGACUUUUACGACGUCGUUAUCGCCGCUUGUGCGCUCAAGGAGGAUCUGGCGAUCUUGCCUCAAGGUGACGAGACCGAGGUCGGGGAGAAGGGGAUCUCAUUAUCGGGCGGUCAAAAGGCGCGAGUGGCGCUCGCUCGUGCCGUCUACGCCCGUGCGGACGUCUACCUCCUCGACGACCCACUCUCCGCCGUCGAUGCCCACGUCGCCAAACAUCUCUUCGACAAGGUGCUCGGUCCUACCGGUUUGUUGUCCCAAAAAGCUCGUUUGUUGUGCACGAACGCGAUUCCGUUUUGCCAAGAAGCCGACGAACUUGUCUUUUUGCGUCGUGGGAUCAUCCUCGAACGAGGGACGUACGCCUCGGCAAUUCAAGGUGAUACGGAACUAUCGAGGCUCUUGAUCGAUUUCGGUAAACAGAACCAAGAUGACGAGGAAGGCGAAGGUUCGGGAAGUGAGGAUACGGCCGUUGAAGAACCCAAGAAACACGAAUUGACGGAAUUGUCGACCGAGUUGAAACGCAAGGCCAAUGAGGCUCUUAGUCAUCGUGCGGAACCUGUUCCGGUGUUGGAACAGAAACGCGAGACGUUGCGCUUGUUGAAGCGCUCUACCAGACCCAAGGAGAAGAGGGAACAGGGUGCCGUCAAGGUCAGCGUUUACAAGGAAUACAUCAAGGCCAAUGGAUAUCUCGGAGUAGGCUUGUACAUGUCCACGAUCGUGCUUCAACAGGUUCUACAGAUCGGGACCAACGUCUGGCUCAAGAACUGGGCCCAACAUAAUUCCGAAACGGGCGAGAACGGCAACUUGACCUGGUACCUCGGCAUCUACGCCGUCUUUGGCGUCGGCGCCAGUUUGGCGUACCUGUUGAACGGGUUGUUGUUGUACUCGUUCUGCGUCGUAAGGGCCGCCAAGUUGAUGCAUGAUCGUAUGUUCAAUGCGGUGAUGAGGUCACCGAUGUUGUUCUUUGAGACGACGCCGUUGGGCACGAUCUUGAACAGGUUCUCACGAGGUGAGCAUUUGCGGAAGGGCGCUGGCAUACGCUGGAGCCGACUGACAGGAUUUUGUACGAUGUUGCUGCUGUAGAUGUCUACGUCGUCGACGAGGUCCUCGCGCGCGUCUUUGGUGGCUUCUUCCGUACGGCCGCGAGUGUGAUCGGCAUGGUCGCCGUCAUCUCGACCGCCGCCCCGGCGUUCCUCUUCAUCCUUGUCCCGAUCGGUUUCAUCUACAAGCGCGUACAGACGUAUUACCUCGCCACCUCGCGCGAGUUGAAACGUCUUGACGCGACGACCAAGUCCCCGAUCUUUGCUUCCUUCCAAGAGACCUUGGGCGGCGUCGCGACCAUUCGUGCCUACCGUCAAUCGGCGCGCUUCAUCGCCGAGAACGAGGCGCGCGUCGAUCGAAACCAGGAGGCCUACUUCCCUUCAAUCAACUGCAACCGCUGGCUCGCUGUACGCCUCGAAUUUUUGGGUUCCAACAUCAUCUUCUUUACCGCCUUGUUGUGCGUCGUCGCGCUCGUUCGUAACCGCAACGUCGACGCGGGGUUGAUUGGAAUCGCGUUGUCGUACGCUCUGUCGACGACCCAAACGCUCAACUGGAUCGUACGUUCCGCGACCGAGGUCGAGACGAACAUCGUCUCGGUCGAGCGCGUGCAAGAGUACAUCGAACUCAAGCCCGAAGCGCCUCUGUACAUCCAAAACACCGAACCCGACGCGUCGUGGCCCCAAUCAGGUUCAUUGGCGUACGACCACAUCGCCGCUCGGUACCGCGAGAACCUCGAUCUCGUCCUUCGUGACGUCUCGUUCGAGAUCAAGGGCGGUGAGAAAGUCGGCGUGUGCGGUCGAACCGGUUCGGGCAAGUCGACGUUGACGAUGGUCUUAUACCGCGUCAUCGAGGCCGAACAAGGUGUCGUUUCCAUCGACGGUGUGGACGUUUCCAAAAUCGGCUUACAUUGCCUCCGUUCGAGGAUGAGCAUCAUCCCUCAGGACUCGCAAUGCUUCGAAGGCAACUUGAGGGAGAAUCUCGACCCCGCGGGUAAAAGCAGUGAUAGUCAACUGUGGGCGGCGUUGGAACAAUGUCGAUUGAAGGAACACGUCGAAUCGAUGGAGGGUAAACUCGAGGCGCACAUCGACGAGGGAGGAAGUAACCUUUCUUCUGGGCAGAGGCAAUUGUUAUGCCUCGGUCGUGCGUUAUUACGCAAGAGCAAGAUCCUCGUUUUGGACGAAGCCACAGCCGCCGUCGAUCCUGAGUCCGAUCAAGAGAUCCAAUCCGUCAUUCGUCGCGAAUUCGCCGAUUGCACCAUCUUCGUCAUCGCUCAUCGUCUCAAUACCAUCUUGGAUUGUAACAAGAUCAUUUGUAUGGACGCCGGGAGGGUCGCAGAGUUCGAUACGCCCGCGAACUUGUUGGCCGAUCCGAGCUCGAUGUUUUAUUCGUUGGCGAAUGAGGCGGGCGUGAUCAAAGGGAGUAAAAGUGGGAGUGCGACGCCUAGGUCCGGGACGAGGACGCCGGUGAGGAAGGAUUAG